GUCUUCUCAAGGAGGAAGUCUGAAAAGUUUACUAGUGGAAAGAUUCCUUUGUCCAAUUUGUCAGAGAACACUUACCACAAAACUAGGUCUACAACGUCACAUGGCAUUGCAUGGGCCUACUCGUGAUCGUCACUGCUGUCCAGUUUGCCAUCGGAUGUUCUGGUGGCGCCACCAUUUGCUGCGACACCUGAGGACAGCGCACUCACCAUCAGUGGCUGAUGCCAUGAAAAAACAAUAAUAAUGAGCUUGUUUUCUACAUAGAACUAUUAAAUAAUUAUUACACAUAAACAAGACAUUGUAAAAACAGUCUUUCACUAUUUGCCUUAUUGAAAUUAUUUAAAUAAAAGAAGUUAUGUAUUGAGAGUUAUAUACUCUGUGAGUCCUUACAUAAUUUCAUUAAAACAUAGUGGUGAAAUUGUUAUAAUUUGGUUUGUAUUUAUUGGUAUUAGAAGUGUAGAAUACUAAAUUGAUGUAGUGGUCCUUUGAAACGUGUAUCGUGGAUAUUACUAACAUGCCUAAGAAUAUAAACAAAGAACUGAUUGAAAUAUAACUAAGCUGCAUAUGUUAUUCUGUAUAUUAUUUUAACUGCAAGUGAUAAUGUAAAUUUGGUAUUUUUAUGAAAAACAUAAUAUCUGAUGAAGGUCAAGUUUGCAAUUUUUACAUAUAAAUUUCCAAAAAAAAUUAGUAAAUUGAUUAAUAAAAUUAAGUUAUUUUGGUUCAUUGAAGUUUUUUUGUUAGAAGUAUAAUGAAUAUAAGAGAAUGGUUAUUGAAUUUAAAAGAAAUUUUAUAAACUGGUCUUUGCAUGUUUGCCUUAUUUGUUAAGUUCUAAAAAAUUUGUUGGUAGACAAUUGUUGAGUUUAACAGUUUUAACUGACUGUUGGUUUCUUUCUUUCUUUUUUUUUGUUCAAGUUCUAGGUGGUACAAGAAGAAGAGGAAGACCACCUCGUAUGGGAUUUUUUGCCAAUCGAAGGAAUCAGUGUCCUAUUUGCAAGAUAAGUUACACAAACAAAAGCAUCUUGGAGAACCACAUGAAUAUGCACCGACCUCAACGCCAGAUGUACUAUUGUGAUAUUUGUAACAAAGGAUUUUUCUGGAGAACUAAUGUAUAUUCUCAUAAAAGAAUGGUACAUCACACUCCACCAUUAAGACUCCCUUUCCCUGCCACAAGCAAUGCACCAGUUUCACCUAAGUCUAAUCAACCUUUUCCUUCCAUUCCCCAUAGCAGUAAUCCUUUGUCACCUCAAUCUCCAAGCUUUGCACAACUGGCAUCUCAUAGAACUCCACCUUCUACUCCUCUUCCUCCUGCUUUUCCUGGCCAUAUGCCACAGGGUUCCGGGCUUUCAAGUAGUUGUGCCGAAAUCGGUCAAUCCUGUGCUCUUUCUGAUCCAGCUAACAUAUCACCAUCAUCAGUAUCAAGUGUAUCUCGAUCCUGUGGUAAUAACCUAGGACAUUCAUUGAUCAAUCAUAAACAACCCCCUUUGUCCUCAACAUCUCUUGAAAAGAGUCCUUCUUCUAUCAAUCUAAUCAAUGCUGCAGGAUUUCCUAAUAUUCCUCAAUUUCCCCAACCUAUUGGUAUAUGCUCUGACCCCUUCCCUACCAUGUCUCCCACCAUUUCUAGCUUGUCUCUCUCAUCAGCAUACUCUCCUGUUCUGCAUCCACCAGCAGGAAGUGCUGCAUCACCUGCAUUUUCAGGCCAGUCUCAAUCGACCAAAUCAUCAGAAUCUUCAGAGUAUUCUCAGCUGUAUUCAGCAGCAUCUCCUGAUUUCUUUAGUGAUUCUUGAUCAUGAAUAUCAUAAUUUUAUACAAAAAGAUUUCAAGUUUUAAAAGUUAGGAGUUAUUCUGUUUAAGAAAUCCUGUUAUUUAUGUCAUUCGAAUAAUCACAUGUUUGUUUUUGUUUACAUAUUAAGUAAGGUGUAGUUUUGUCUCUCAUAUCAGUUACAACCUCUCAACAUGUCAUUGUACACGUAAAUUCAUUUAUGUUUUCACUUUAUUUUUCCUCCUACAGUCAUGAAAGUCUUUUUGUUGUACCACUGUGUUAGAAAUUAAGCAGCUUAUGUAUAACCUAUAUACAUUGUGUAGUUUAAUGUAUAUCUUGUUUCCAGAAGGUCCGUAUCUUCUUUGUCACAGUGUUUUUGAUCAUAACUUUUUAUAUAUAUUUGGAGUUGCAUAAUGUGUUUCCUUACCAGAUGAAAAUGGAGCCCAAAGUAUCAUAGAAAGUUAUUGAUAUAAACUGGUAUAUAUUUUACACAGGUUCAUAGAGCAUCUUGUAAAAUUACGUUACAUACUAUUCAGGUAGGUAAAAUGUAACUUCCAUUCAGCCUCUUUUUUUUUUGCCUGGUAAGAGAAGAAGUGCUAGAAAUCAUUCUUCACAGAUGAACUUUGUAAGAUACAUUUUCUGGCUCAGAUACAGUAGUAGAGAUCACUGCCAGUGUGUCCUGACAUGUUAAAUGUGCCUGCUGCUCAGCUUCGUGAGUUCAAAAUGGAUUCCUCCUAGAGUGCAGCUUACUUAUGGUAUCAUGGAAUUGGUUUAAAUGAGUGACCUGUAAAAUACUCUCGAUAUUUUCUUUGUGUGAGGUAUUUUUUCAUUAUAUAUUUAUUUUUUAACAGUUCAGUAUAUUUUAGCAACACUAAAUUUAUGCCAAAUGUAAGUAAUCUUGUAUUUCCAAUUUUUUUUAAGCCCAAUAUUGCAAGUAAUGUUAAUUUUUUUCUAGUGAUUUCUACUUACCAAAAGUCAUUCUCUGUAUUAUUAGAGAAUUAGUGCCAUCUUGAGUAAUGCAUAUUUACAAUAAACAUCUUUUGUGGAUUAUUUAAAAACAAGAAAGAUAUUCUGUAACUAGUUUAUCUCGCAAUUAGAUUUUGUAUAUAUUUGUUUACCACUCAUACAAGGGAUCUCAUAAUAACACAGUAAUACUGAGUUUAAACUAACAAAGUAUUAAUGUCCAGAGAAUGAAGUGAAAUUCUCUUAAUAGUGUUAUAUAGUGUAACAACUUCUUCAAUUGUAACACACUGUCUGGUGUCAGCUGAUUCAACAAAAUAGAUGGUUUCUUGUACAGACAAUAUUUUUUUAUAAAUUUGUGCUUUUUUUUAUUGUUUACAAAAUAUUGCUGCUAAAAAUUUAGUUUUUGUCAACUUAUAACGCUCUUGAAAAAAUAUGAUAUGGCUUUAUAUACAUGGUCUUAAAGAAUUUGUCAUAUAGCAUAUAAGUAAAUGGCUAGAAAUUUCCUCUUUAAUAAUAUGUAAAAGUGGUUUUAAUAUACCCUGAAAUGGUGAAUAUGAGAUCCAGGUUUUGAAAUUAAUGUAAACUUGUAUUGUGAGAUAUUUUUGUGUUUCCUAAAUGAUAAGUACUUUCAGUAGUGGUUUAAAGUACAACAAUUUUGAUGUUGUGUGUUAAAAUUUGUAUAUUAGUGGGAUGAAUAAAUGGAUAACUAAAGUAGAAAAUUAAGGUUUUAUCUGUUUAAAUUCAGCUUCUCACUUAGUUAUGGACAUGCGUUUAGUGUAGCAUAACUUUUUCAGAUCAUACUUGUGUGUAAAUUCAGCCCAACUUUGAAGUACUUUGGAAACUUUUUGGGGCAUGCACUGUAGCAAAUUACAGCUUUUAUAGUAUUCUUUCAACACACAUUAAGUUAUCAUUGAGAUACUUAAGUCAUUAUUUUGAUCUAUGUUUUUGCAAAAUAUUUUUGUUGCAUUAAAAAUACUUAUACCUGUUUUUAAUAACUGAUUUCUGAAUAAAUUCAGCACUUUUUUAACUUCAUUUAUAUAGCCUGCAUAUAAUCAGUGACAUGCUUUCUAAACUCCUAUUAAUAUAUAUCUAAAUGUUGUCUACUGCAUAUUCUCAGGAAAUUUACAUAAACUCAACCACAAAAUCUCAGGACUUUUUUCUACAUAAACAUUUAUAAGGUGUUGGGUUUUUUGCAGAAUACCAUGGAUUUUAGGUUUUUUAUCUUCUCUCCAGUAAUUCCUUAGAUUUUCUUAUAUAUAAAACAAACCAUGGGUUUUGAUUUCUUUUAAAGGAAGCUUGGCCAUAAGUUCACAGGUAUUUUUCUACAGUCACAAGUUCUAAUAUAUCUUUACAGACAUAGUUUUAGAUAUUUAACAUAGAAUGUAAAAAUUCAACUGCAACUCCUCUUGUCUUCAUACUAUAAAAUUUUAACCACUGUUUCUUAAUAUAGAUUUUCUCUAGAAACUCAUUUUCUACUUUUCAGGUCAUUCUUUCAUACAAAAUUUGGUCAUAAAUUCUGGUGACUAUUCAUAAGUCUAUCUUAUACAUAAACAGCAAAAAAUUUCUGGUCUUUUACUAAACAUAACUGUAGGUAUUCGUCUUUUGUUUUUCUCUCACUCUCUCUAAACAAAUUCAGUCACAACCACUAUCUUGGAUAGUUACAGAUUCUCAACCACGGCUUCUCCGGGCUUUCUUGUACAUGAACUUUGCCAAAAGUUCUUGGGUCUUUUACAGAAACUAUUUAUAAGUUGUUAGUCCUUAGAUAUUUAUUCUGCACAAACUCAUUUACUAGACUUCAGAUCUUUUUACACAAAUAAGACCAUAAGUUCGUAUAGUUUUCUGCACAAAUGCAACUAAAAGUUGCCAUUUUUUUCUUCUACAUAAAUAAAGCCUAAAUUUCUCAGGUCUGUAUUUCACUAGUCUAGUACAGAUUCUUGGGGAUGUUUUGUAUAUUCAUUUAGACACAAGUUUUCAACUUUUAUACAUGAUCAGCUACGCAUAAUCUCUCUUCUUCAUAAACCUAGCCAUUGGUUAGAUUUUGCAGUUUUCAGUCCGUUUACAUAUCAACUGUAACAAGUUCUCAUCAAGUUUUCAUCUUUAUAAAUUCAAGCCACAAUCUCUUUGAUGUUUUACUGAAAUCAACCAUUAAAUUCUUAAGUCUUGAAAUUAGCUAUAACUAUUAGGUCUUUUCCAGAAAUUUUGCUACAAGCUCUUAGAUUUUCAGUCUAAAUCACAUAUUAAAAUUUUUAGGUCUUUUUUUCUUAUUUUAUGAAAGUUUUUUAUGGUAUAAAGUUAUUUGCAAAUCCUCAGCAAUGUAUAUAUAUAUAUAUAUAUAUGGAUAUAUAUUUUUAUUUAUACACGCACAUAAAAAGAAGAAAUAAUGGAUGAUAUUGUUCAGUGUUUAUAAUUUAUAAAUGAAAGUUAAUGCUAUAAUUAUGAUAUGCCAAUAUACUAUGUCUUCUUUUUGCCUUGUGCAUAGAAAAUUAAGGCCAUUAAAAUGUAAAGAGUUUCAUAACAUGGGAAGUUUCAUGGACAACAGAAAGAGAUAAUGUUAUCUUUUAUUGUUUUAUGAAAUGUAUGAUAAUUGUAAUGGAAGAAAUCAUGGAUAUUUAAAAAAAAGAAGACAGUGUAGGAAAAACAAUUCACAUUAAAAAGUUGCUAAUUGUAAUAUUACUCUAGACAAUUUAUGGAAGAAACUAUUGUUAAGAGGAGAACUUCUUUGAGGAAAUUGUAUUCAGUUCAUUAAUACUACUGUUUACAUAAGUAAACUCUGUUGAUUCAGCUUUAUUAUGGAGGAUAAGAAAACUUUCAAAAUAAUAUUGGCUUGUAGAAGAUGAUGUACUACUAUUCACUUGUUAUUGAAUGUUGCUUAUUAGUAAGAAAUAAAGAUAUUAACCAUUUUCUUUCUACAAUGAUUACUAGUUUUUUGUAUGUGUUUUUUGAUUGGGUCAUUCAUAGAUGUCUUUUUUUUCUGUACUUUGGUGGACUCUCAGAAUGAAGCAUGUAAUUUUUAUUCCCUUAAAUAUUAACGAUAAUGUAUUUAUGUAAAUACUUUUUAUAGAAACUUAAAAGAUCAUGAAAAGCAACACAAAACAGUUGGAUUAACAGAUACCAUAAAAAUAACUGAGUGCAAGUAUAUUUUAGUCAUUUGUCAGUAGACUUUCAAUAUUUACUCACAAAAGAUUUAUUAACUAUAAGAGAUGGAAUAUGGAUCUGAUGUUUCAACUUAUUAAGAAUAUAGAAAUUUUUCAAUAAGUACUGCAAUUCUUGCUCUUUUGUGUUAGUGUGAAAGUGUAAUACAGGGGGUUGAAUAGCUUUAUAUUAAAACAGUUUUGGAGCCUUUCUACCUUGUUGCAGUCCAGGUCGCCAUAUAUGGUCAUUAUCUUUCUCAAUGGUUCCUAAAUUUUUCAACUGAGGACCAGCUAGUCCUGAUCCCCAAGUUUCAUGGACCACUUCAUACAAUAUUGACUUAUUAAAGUACUCCUAAGUUACAUUGUAAAACAAUAUAUGCAAGUUGGUAUAUUUUAAAACGUAUAUUUUUUUUUAACCAUUUUGUGGAUCGACUAAAGUCUCCCAAUGGAAUGGUGGUUAGGAACCAGUAAUCUGACAAUAAGACUGCAGCAUAGUUUCCAUUGUAAAAUCCAAAACAAACCACCCUGCAUGCUUUCUGUAAUCCAUCUAGUGUACAGAAAUGAUAGUUUCCUAGUGAACAUAUCAACAGUCUGAUCAUACAAAAAUUAUUCCAUAGGCACUUCUUCUGGCAACUUGACCAGUAUACCUUUAUAUGGGAUAUCAUGAAUAGUCAUUUCUUUCUCUAGCUGCUUAAGGAUGCAAUAGUUUAACGGGAGGUAUUACUGGAUACUUUAUCUUGGUGGACCCAUACCAUGUUGUACUCAUUUUCAGAUUGAGAUCAAGAUCCUUUUUGAUUAUUUUACAAAUAGCCUUUCUUUUUGUGAACUCUCACCUGUUACAUUCUAAUUAUCAUGGCAGGAGUACAACUUGUUGCAUUUCCCUUUAUGGAUGAUUUUGGUACCAUAAUUUGAUCCAUAUACUUUGUUUUCCAGUGUAGUUAAGUACAAGGGAUGUCUGUAUUUUGGAAAUUCUAAAUACCUAAUCUGAAUACAGCUUUAUGACCUGAGUGUAUGAAGAUUUUGUAUUGGAAAGGGCUGUUACAUACACUUCCCAAAAGUAAUCAGUUUUUGGUGGUAUCACGCUACCUAUGAAAUGCCAAGCAAUGUCAAAAUUUAGCUCUGAUACAUUCUGUUCCACUGUGAUUAUAUCAGCAGUGGUUGUCACAUGAUUUGCCUAUUUAAAUUCGUUUUAAUAUAACCUACUCAACCAUUUAGCUUAAUAUACCAUAAAUGUACAUGCUUUCCUCAUGCUCAUACUUAUUAAGAAACAGCUGGUCAUUGCAAUUAUAUUGUUACAGUAUAAUUGGGGCAAAUGUGACAAAUACAGAACUAAGUGGUGUGUUUAUUUACAUAAUAAAUACUUUAAAAAUAAUUAUGAAUAAAAAACAUUAAAUGAGAAAUGUAACUAAUAAGUAUUAACUUAUUUUUGUUUAAUGAUUGUGCAAGAAGUAAAAAUUAGAAGGUUUAGUUGAUAAAUCUUGGUAUAAAGUAGCUUAUCCUGAAAUUGUGUUUACUAUCUUGUGCAUUUUAUCAAUUAUUCAUCCUGUAUAUCUUAUACUUCAGAACUUGCUUAAUGAGAGCAUUUAUAGAUUAAAUAAACAAUUAAUUACAACAAUUGAAUUUUUUGCUCUGUGACAAUUGCAUGGAGUCAUAAGACUUGCUGCUUGUUUUUCUGUGUUUAAUGUUGUACAUUAGACUUGCAUUGCAUUUUACCCAUAUUUUACAGGUAUGUGUUGAUUGAGCUGUAUAGUUGAAAUAUGUAUUUAAUAAAGUGUGGAUAAGUUAUGUCAUUAGGUGUGUGUUUAUAUCAACAAUGGACUUUUAGCAGUAGAUAUACAAGUUGUUGGGUCAUUAUACGUGUGUUUAUAUCAACAAUGGACUUUUAGCGCAGAUAUACAAGUUGUUGGGUCAUUAUACAUGUGUUUAUAUCAACAAUGGACUUUUAGCAGUAGAUAUACAAGUUGUUGGGUCAUUAUACAUGUGUUUAUAUCAACAAUGGACUUUUAGCAGUAGAUAUACAAGUUGUUGGGUCAUUAUACGUGUGUUUAUAUCAACAAUGGACUUUUAGCAGCAGAUAUACAAGUUGUUGGGUCAUUAGACGUGUGUUUCAGUAAAAAUUAAUGUUCUAAUUCAUCUGUAGAAAACAAAAUAUACUCUAGUCUUGUUUUAAAAGAAAAUUGCAAGUUUUGAUUUUUUAAUAUAUAUGUUUGUACAUCACAUUAUUCAAUAGAAUUUUAACAUUGAUUUUAAUUUACCUGUAAAUUAGAAUAUUCCAAGAAAGGUUGAUGAAGCAAACUCUGUGGUAGGUUUUUGUAAUUAACCAUUUCAGAUUACUUAACUGUUUGUAUGUGCUGACAAGUGUUUUAUUUUCCUUUAGGACACAGGUUUCGAUCAAGACUGGGACGACCAAGAAAGCGACAAGAAACAAUGUUUAGGCGAGAUCUAGUUUGUCCUAUUUGUGGGAUGGACUAUGCCCAGAAGAGCAGUUUGGUACGCCACAUGAACAUCCACA